AUGGCCCAAACCCUUCUUCUGCGGGUCAAGAACCGCUUCUCCCACGCUUCCCCAAGCAAUGCAUCGCCUCUGGCCGAGCCCGUGCCAGAACAGAACCAGCAGCCCAUUGACGAUACUAUUCUGCCCAAAACGGAACCCGUGAGCGGCGCUCGCCCUCCCAAAAGGGAAAAGAAGUUCUCGUCUUUGACUGCCAAAGAAUGGUCCGUCAUCAUGUACAAGCUCUGCCGGCUGUACUUGGUGAUAUUCUGUAUGUGGCUUGGGUUGCUUUCGAUCUACUGGGGUUCCGUUUAUCGCCGUGAAAAACGUGCCGCCAAUUUGAACAUGUUGGUGGUCAUUGAGGACCAAAUCUUCACUCUGCAGAACGGCACCAUCAUUCCGCCGGUGAUCGGCCCGCUGUUUGUGGAUCUUCUCUCCGACGGCAACGGCGUGGGUCGGUUUAGCAUCUACUACGGCCGCAUCUUGGAACACUUUGUUCCGGAGAACACAAGCAUCUACGACGCCGUGGUGGACGAGGUGUUCACGGAGAGGUACUGGGCCGCGUUCUACAUCAACAAAACCGCGCUGAAGCUUGUGUACGAUAUGAUCGCCGGAAACGAUACCCUGGUCAACUAUACGAUAGCGCUGCAAGACAUCAUCAGCUGCAUCUACGAGCUGGGCCGGCUGUACAGUGCAUUGACGCAAUACGUCAUGAAGAGCCUCAACCGGAUCUGCUUGGAGUGGACCGAGACGUAUGCGCCUGCGGCGUACGCGCAGUUGCUUCAGUCGGCGUUUACUCCGGACCAGCAGAUGCAGAUUGUGCAACAGACGAACUCCACCGAGGCGCCGUCCGCGCUCACCUGGUUCCCUAGUAUCAAUAAAAUAGACUUGCGUCCUCCGAGCUCGAGUGCAGUGUUGGGUCCCUCGGAGUUGGGACUUGUGUACGCGCAACUCUUCUCGUUCCAUCAGUUCAACUUUGCGGCCGACCUUCAUGCGCUGUUGAUCAACGAGCUCCGGUUCGUGGACUUGUUGUUGUAUCGCUUUGCCUUCUCGCAGCUCAACUUCCUCAUGUUGUCCUUGGUGUACUCUCUCCUCACCCUUGCCUUCAAGGUCUCUGUCACCGAGGCCUACGGAAGAGGAGGCUUCAUGGUGCUCUGGAUGACCAUGUACUUGUUCUUCUCGGCCACCGGUGGUUCUAUGGAGGUCUUGGGUACGUUUGUUCGUUACACAGGAAAGAUUUAUUUGAUCGCGCCGGCAAUGAUUUUCUUGAUCGUCGUCAAUAUCUCUCCCACAUUCGCAGCCAUCGAGCUUUCCCCAGGUGUGUAUCGCUACGGUAAGGGUCUUCCUAUGUACAAUACAUACGAGGCACUCAAGGUGGUAUUCUUCAACACCUGGCGUGGUAACUUGGGCCGCAACUACGGAGUAUUGGCUGCCUGGAUCGUGUUUAACACACUUCUUUUUACAUUCUUGUUGCACUACAUUCGGAAACAUCCUAGGAACCCAUAA